AUGGAUCCCGAGGAACUUUACACCAAGCAAAACUGCAUUGGCGGUGGAAGCUUCGGAAAAGUGUACAAAGGAGUCGACAAGCGCACGGGGCAAGCAGUGGCCAUCAAGGUCAUUGAUGUGGAAAAUGCGGAAGACGAGGUUGAAGAUAUCAUACAGGAAAUAUCAAUUCUUUCGGAAUUGCAGUCUUCCUAUGUCACCAAAUACCAUGGGUCAUACUUAAAAGGAUCCGAUCUAUGGAUUAUCAUGGAGUUUUGCUCCGGGGGGAGUUGCGCCGACCUCAUGAGACCGGGCCUCAUUCAUGAAGAUUAUAUCUGCAUCAUUAUUCGAGAACUUCUCAUGGGUCUGGACUAUCUCCAUGGAGACAAGAAGCUCCAUCGUGACAUCAAAGCGGCGAAUGUUCUUCUGGGACAAAAUGGACAGGUCAAAUUGGCCGACUUUGGUGUGUCGGGACAAUUAUCAGCGACCAUGACAAAGAAGAACACGUUCGUGGGUACACCCUUCUGGAUGGCACCCGAAGUCAUCAAACAAUCCGGUUAUGAUCACAAAGCCGACAUCUGGUCUCUCGGAAUCACGGCUAUCGAACUUGCCAAAGGAGAACCUCCUUACGCCGACAUUCAUCCAAUGAAGGUCCUUUUCCUCAUUCCAAAAAACCCACCCCCGACUCUCCAGGGAAACUUCUCUCGUCCCUUCAAGGAUUUUGUUGAACUUUGUCUGAGAAGAGAUCCACGAGAACGACCGUCAGCAAAGGAAUUGUUAAAACAUCCUUUUGUGCGCAAGGCGAAGAAGACGACAUAUCUGACGGAAUUGAUUGAGAGGAAUGAGAGAUAUAUGGCCACUCACGGCAAUCGAUCAUCCGAUCAGGAGGAGGAUGGGGAGGAAGAGCAAGAACCUGCCCGACCAGCUCCUCAUGACCCCGAGACUGAAGAUCUUUGGGAUUUUGGUACCGUGAGACCCGUAGGAGGUCGUGGAGCUGGACUCCGUCCAAUGAACGACUCUGCGACGAAUGCAAGAGCAUCAGCCGAUCCGGCUCUUGUGAAAAGCAAGCCGGAGUGGGAUCAGACUGCGAAAGUCCCAUCCUCCCCUCAAAAGUCCCCAGUAAGAUCUGCAUUCCCAACUCCGGCAAAAGUAGCAUUACCACCAUCUCCCACGAAAGCGAAUGUCGCAGCGCCGGCCGAAGCGGCCGGUCCAUCCAGGCCUUCCUCCCGGACAGGACCAGAAACAGUCCCUCCGAAAACACCAGUCGGCCCAGUGGCAGCCAAAGUCUCCAUGUCUCAGCUACACACGGAUAGCCCCGAAUCCAACGAGUAUAACAAAGCAUUUCAAGCUCAACUGGCAAAGGAGAUGGGGUUUUUAAAGAUUGAUGGUGACAGUCCUAAACCUCGGUCGUCAACGGGAAAAACCCCUCCGGGGAAGAAACCCCAAAUGAUCAUUCCAGAAAUUCCCCCCUUUCGAGGAAAUCCAGGAAGAGGUCAGCCCCUGCAGAAAGGUCAAGCGUCAGCGCCCUCCAAACCCGCGGGCCAGCAGCCUCUCCCGUCAUUUUCCCCGAAAGAUCUUCCAUCAAUUCCACCAGCAUCGGCUACCGCGGCCAGGACCACCCAGCAGCCUCUACCACCAUUGAUAAAUCCAACCAAUCAACAACUAUCUUCAACUCCGGCGACUCCGAGCAGUACCACCAACCCCACAAAUCAGGAUCCCAACCAAGAUCUUACUGCUUUGGACUCGGUGCUGAUCCCAGCUCUCGAGGCUGCCAUGCAUCGUCGGACAUAUAUGUUGAAGGAACUUGCACGAACAAGUAAAUUGAGUCCGUCAACUGCGGCAGAAAUACAACAACAGAGAGUCCAGACUCACGAGAAGGUCAGACGAUUAGCAGCAAAAGCAGCCGGAGUGUUUCAUGAGAUCCAGAAAUGUGAUGAAGAAUGCCCAGUUGGCAUGGGUGGAGGAGUCACUGAAUUCUUGGAAGGGUUUUUGGAAGAAAUCCUGGUAAGAGUUGAAGCGGCAGAUGAACCGUCGAGUCCGAGAAAGGCAUGA